AUGUCUUCCUCCAGCUACUCCCCUGACUCCUCACCUCACCCCCUGUCCGUCAUCACCAUAAUCGCUUAUGUCGUCCUCAUUGUCCCAACCUUCUACAUCUGGCGCCGCCAUGGUCGCCCGGGAUUCCUCGCCUGGAACUUCGUGUAUGCACUCUGCGCGAUCCGCAUCACAGGCGCUGCCCUCUCCAUCGCUGCCGAGCGUAAUGCUUCGCUAGGAACCGCAGCUGCGAUAGUCAACAGUAUAGCAAUCUCACCACUUUUGCUGGCAGCGCUGGGCGUAUCACACGAAGCACGUCGUGCACGAAUUGCUGAUCUGAAUGCGAAGAGAGAGUGGAGGGGAGUGUGGUGCUUGCAUGCUGUGGUGACCACUGGGAUGAUAUUGGUGAUUGUAGGGAUCGUCAAGGUGGUGGAAGAUGAGUCUUCCACUGCAGAGUCGGUGCUUAUCAAAGCUGGAAUGGGAGUUUUGGUGGCUGCGUAUGUGGUUUUGCUGCUUUGGACCAUUGUAUCCAUGCGACAGCCAUUCUUGGCUCGCAGUGAGACGGUGAUGGAUGGCACAAUUCUGCUACGUACCAAUCUGAUGACUUUGCCGUUCAUUGGACUCAGGCUUGUAUGGGGAGUGGUGUCCUCCUUGCUCGCCUAUAAUGGCGUUGAUCAUUUAUGGGACAUGAACAUUAUUGCAGGAUCUAUGCCUGAGAUUGUCGCUACUGUUAUGUUUGUGAUCGGAGGGUUCAGGACAAGGAACAUGUAUGCU